GACAGGCAGGGGGAGAGGACACAUCACCGCGGAGCAACCUAUUUAUUAUUGAGAAAUCCAGCAGGAAGAAGGGAUAUAUUUUUAUAUAUUGUUUGAUGGAUCCCGGGUGUUUGACGGCGGCUCCCAGCAUGAACGCGGAUGUAUUGCAGCAGCAAACCUCAGGGAGGACCAGGACUAAACCCGAGCCUGGCAAGCCCGAGCUGGCCCCGGUGGUGACGGACGCCAAGACGGGAAGGUCCUACAGCAAAGGGAAGCUUUUGGGAAAGGGUGGCUUUGCUCGAUGCUAUGAAAUGACAGACCUGUCCAACAACAAAAUGUAUGCUGUGAAGGUGAUUCCACAGAGCAGGGUGUCCAAACCGCACCAGAGGGAUAAGAUUACGAACGAGAUCGAGCUGCACAGAACCCUGUCACACAAGCAUGUGGUGAAAUUCUCCCACUAUUUUGAAGACCAUGAGAAUAUCUACAUAUUCCUCGAGCUCUGCAGUCGGAAGUCCCUGGCGCACAUUUGGAAGGCGAGACACACACUGACGGAGCCUGAAGUGCGAUAUUACCUCAAGCAGAUCAUAUCUGGCCUCAAGUACCUGCACAGCAGGGGUAUCCUGCACAGGGAUCUCAAACUAGGCAACUUCUUUGUCAAUGAGAACAUGGACCUGCGGCUCGGUGACUUUGGCCUUGCUGCUAAGCUGGAGACGGCUGAACAGAGAAAGAAAACAAUCUGUGGGACUCCAAACUACUUGGCGCCAGAAGUGCUCAACAGGCAGGGCCAUGGCACGGAGUCUGACGUCUGGUCUCUUGGAUGUGUUAUGUACACGCUGAUGUGCGGCAACCCUCCUUUCGAGACUCUCGACUUAAAAGAGACGUAUAAAUGUAUAAAGGAAGUUCGAUACAACCUACCCUCUUCGCUCUCCCCGGCUGCACAGAAGCUCAUCUCGGGCAUCCUAAAGGAACAUCCCAGUGACAGACUCAGUCUGGAUCAAAUCCUCAGCCAUGAGUUCUUCAAAGGUUUCACUCCCGACAAACUUCCCGCCAGUAGCUGUGUGAUGGUGCCGGAGCUUCACCCUCCAAGCCCCGCCAAGAAAUUCUUCACUAAAAUGGCCAAGAGCCUCUUUGGCAAAAAGAAAUCAAAGGUGGAGAAAAUUCCAUGUGAAGAUAAAGAUGACAAGGACAUUACCAAGCUUGUGUCGGGCAUCGUUAAAUGCUCCAUUAACCGGCAGAUCAGCUACAAAACAGUGGGGAUCAAUGAGGUGGCCUCUCCCACAGGUCAGCUGGUCGGUUCUGUGCCUCUGGAGCCGACGCCUGCUGAGGAGGAAUCCAGGAAGUCCAUCUCGCGCUCCUUCAAAGGCACCAUGGCUAGCAGCACUGAACCAUGUGAGGAUGCUCUGACUCCUGCAGCUGCUGCUGAAGCUGCCAUGAAGGUUCUCAACAAUUGCCUGGCCACCAUGCCUUCAGCCACUAGAAACCCACCCUGCUUAUCCAGGCCUCAGUCAUUCCUGUGGGUCACCAAAUGGGUUGACUACUCAAAUAAAUAUGGGUUUGGCUACCAGCUCUCAAACCAAAGCAUCUGUGUUCUCUUCAACGAGGGAACUCAUUUCACUCUUUGUGACCAACGCAAGACGGUUCACUACUGCUUGACCAACAACAAACACUUCACUUUCCCGACCACCUCACUACCUGAACAGCUUCGCGGCAAGAAACAAAUUGUAGAACUCAUGGCAAACUACAUGGAACAGAACCUUAUGGAGGGCGGAGACCUGCACUGUGAAGAGCAGUUGUCUGGCUCGCCUCCUCUGCUGCUUCAGUGGGUGAAGACUGACCACGCUCUUGUCAUGCUCUUCAACAAUGGAACUUUACAGGUGAAUUUCUACACCGACCACACAAAAAUCAUCCUGUGCAAGUCUUCCGACGACUCCUACCUGCUCACCUUCAUCAGCCACGAGCGCGUCUCGUGCACAUACCUCCUCAGCAUGCUGAAUGAGAUGGGCUGCACUUCGGAGCUACGUCACCGACUCCGAUAUGUGGUCCAGCUGCUCCAACACCACACUGAUGCCUGAGGGCACAGUUCAGUGCCUCCCAGGCUACCCACGCGGCAGAUGCCUUAGAGGCAACCUGACCAGUUGGAACCAUUUGAUUACUCGGACAUGUCAAUUUCUCAUGGUAGUGCUCUGGGUGACCGAAGCUUGUUGACGGAUGAAAGGCUCCUCAAUGCCUGGGUGAUUAUUUUUAAGAUGAUCAGAUUGACUGGCCUUGAUGAACGUUGAGCAGUCUGGAAGUUGCUCAAAGCAGCAUCUGCCUCAAGGGUCCAUGCCUGCCCAGCUUAUGCCUCGACGGUUUCUGUCUGGAAGGUAUCGAUACCUGUAAGAAGAGAUUAAUGACUUGUCUCAAAUGAUGGAUCUUUCACGGGCAGAUGCCUACAUGAACACCCUGUUACCUUCCUUCACUUACUUAAAACCACUGCUUCUCGGAAGCCACCGCCCUUGUAGCUUUCAGCCUCCAUCGAUGUUUAGCCGACAGCGCAGGCAUGCUUUCUCAGAGGUGUCUAAACACUAAAACCAUCCAAAUGGCUUGCAACUGAAUGGGGAUAAUCUUGGGGUUGAAAUGCAAUAAGGCUCACUUUUUUCAUUUAGUUUUUGUCCAAAGACAUUUUGGCUGCAAUAUCUCCCUUAUCUCUGACUGCAACCGUAAUCUUCAAACUUCAAAGGAUGCUUUAGAAAGAGAAAUGACUGACUGGAGAGAGACCUCCUCCCCUCACCUGAUAUCUGCCCUCCAACUAUGGUACACACAUGAAUUGAAUCCAUCCCUUUUUUAAACAUGAGCCAGCUUUAGGAUCACUUUAAACCAUAACCUCACAAACACAUUAUUUCUGGCCUUAUUUCAUGAUUCAGAUUUUGGGAGUUUUGCUGCUUUUGCUCCAACUUCACUUUUUUUUUUUUUUUUUAAUAUUUUCCUCUGGUUGUUGAUACCAGUUUCACUGACGCGGUACACGGCAUACUAAAGGGAGCAACACCAUUUUGCACUUAUCUUCUAUCUUUUUUUAUUUGAUUUUUCUUUGUAAAUUCAUCCAGAAAAAAACAAACUUUUUACUAUCGCACAUGUUAUAUUUUAUUAGUUUUUAAACUAGAUGCCAAAAGUUAUUUGUUUUGUUCUAGGUUUUUAAAAUGAUUAAAAACAUUUUUUUAAUUCACUAACAGAAGGUGAAAGUGUGUGUCUGCACCACACACAUGCUGGAAAAGCUGAGUUGCUGGUUAGAAAAUGAGGGUUGGGGAGCGUGGAUAAGUGCCUUUUUUAUGAGGGAUGACGUCUGUAUAGUGCAAUAACAACUCUUUUGUGAAUGUCGAGCUGGUGACAAACAAGAUUCGAGAUGGGUUUUACAGUUGUGAUUUACUUUUGUACUUUGAGCCAAGUUUAAAAGUAAAUCCAAUAGCACUACACUCUCACUACCUGGUAUAAGCUUUUAGAACAACUAUUAGAAGUAUAUAUCCCAAUAAUAUCUACUAUGGAGAAAAAAGUAAACAUUGUACUCUGUCGUACUGUAACCCUCAUUGGUUUACAUUGCUUUCUUGAUCCAGAGUUGUAUCCUAAAAACUGUGACCCGGAAUGCAAGUAUUACUUACGCGUGUUCCCAAAAACCCCAACAUUGUGAAAGCCAUCUGCCAAUUCAGAAGAGACUUUAUUUUUUGGGCACAUAAUGUCGUGUUUAUUUAUUUUUUUUAUUUAUACAUAUAUAUUUUUUUUUAUUUAUUGUGUAAUUGUUGCGGUCUUGACACAAGGAAAUGUUCAAUUCCAAUCACCUUUUUGUAUGUAACAUUUGGGGGGGAAAUGGGGACUAAAAUAAAGUUUAUUGAAAAUGA